AGUUUUCAACCCUCCAUCCAUUAUGGGGGAAACAGCGGUGACUGAAGGAAGUGCACUACAUCUAUCGUGUGAUGGGUCAAACUCAGACCCUCAACCAACUUUACAAUGGAUCUCUCCUGAUGGGAAGAUGGUCAGUGAGAGUGGGGAACUUGAUAUAGUGACUACCACCAGAUAUAUGACUGGGAUAUACACCUGUGUAGCUACUCUCCCUCGCUCCACCGCUACUAUGAACACCACUGUCGAUAUCACCAUACUUUCAAUUGACUGUCCAACACUUAAUUCUACGGAUACCAUGAUAGUCAACAUGAGCUCCACUGCAGUGGGCAGUACUGCUACCUAUCAGUGUAGAGAUGGUCCCACUGAUGUGUACACUACUCAG